AUGCCGCCUGGUUCGAAGAAGAGGAAAGCAGUAAAGAAAAAGAAGCAAAUGGAACCCAUCUUCCCCAUCACUUCUCCUCCUCCGCCUCAUUCUCAUGAAGGUGGUGGUGGUGAUGUUAGCUCUCCUCCUAUGUCAGGGCAUGCUGAUGAUGAAUUGGAGAAGAACAACAAGGAAGACUCUCCUCUAUCUGAGAAGAAAGAACUGUUGGUGUUGGAGCUUAAUCAAGAAGAUCAGAACAACAACAAUGGGUCAUCUUUACAACAAUCUCAGACUUCUAAGACCUCUAGUAGCAGUAGCAGCAGUAGUAAUAGUAAUAGUAGUUCAGAUGAGGACGAAAAAUCUCAGGAUAUUGAGAAAAACAUAUUGAUGAUUGAGUCAAUUACUGAUGGGUAUAAUAAAAAGGAUGAUCAUUCUGAUCCUAACCCAUCUGAUCUUGAUCUACCUUCAAAUGAUGAUGAUGCUGCUGCUGUAUUAUUGGAAGAGAAUAAAGUGGAAACUGUAACCAUGAUUCCUCUAUUCCAGGAUCAUGAUUCACUUGAAGAAGAACAAGAAGAAGAAGAAACUGUAACCAUUACUGAAUCAGAAGGUAUGGUAAUUGGUUUUCCAAAUGACAGUGAAAAGGAUUUUCAAUCAUCCUCUGUUGUUUUUCACAAUGAUCUUAAAAACACUUCCUGGAUAAGUUGCUGUGGAUUGUUUGAGCUAUUCAGUGGAACAAAUAGAGAUGGAUGA